AUGAACGAAAUAGACAAGAUUUUUGGAGCCACUCUAUGUGGAACUGUUGUAACGGGCUGGGUCGUUGGGCUCUUAUGCGUCUUUGCUUACCAGUAUUAUAUGGCCUUUCCCAAAGAUCCGUGGUUGACCAAGUCCCUAGUCGGAUUCUUGUUUAUUCUGGACAAUCUUGGAUCUGCCAAUUGGGAAUGGUCGAUGUUUAUCGGGCUCUCUGUAAUCUCUGCCUUCUGCGUCCAGAUCUACUACGCGAGACGCGUGUUUUUACUGAGCAGGAGUUUCGUUUUCCUCAUUUCUAUUGUGAGCUACGGUGUGGCCAUUCUUCAUCCACUUUCUUAACUAUAUCCGUUUUUGAAGCUGUUGCCAGCAUUCGGUCAGCUUGCCUUUGGCUUAGUGCCACCCUGGUGGAAUUCGACAAAUUUCGUGCUGUCACUUGGAUAUGUGUUGCUUGGCUUGCUUGCUCUGCCGCAUGCGAUCUCCUCAUCGCCGGUCUGCAAGUCAUGUACCUGAUGAAACAUAGGUCUCCGGUCACGAGGACUGAUAUCCUCGUGAAGAAGCUGUUGUUCUAUAUCAUCAGCACUGGUUCGCUCACUAGCGUCAUUGUCACAAUAGAGUUCUCUUCAUUCGCGGCGUUGGGGUUCAAUUUCGCGCACGUAUUCCUCAGUUACUCCGCUGGUGGAGUGUACUUUCUCUCUCUCCUCGCUAACUUACUAGCUCGGCGCGAGAUGCAAGGUAAAUACACGGUAUCCAGCGACCUUCCAAGCGCAUCCAACAUAGUGCCUCUUAGUAUCCGAUUCCGCCCAGGGACACCUCCUAGUUCCAAGGACGAUAGCCUCAUGACACCUUUGGACUCAAACGUGCACCCCUCUCAUGUCGACAAUGGCUGCAAAGGGAUUUUGGUGGAGACAUCCAUGUCGGUUGCUAAUGACAACGCAUGAGAUGCUGGGUUAGUUGCGAUACGUACAUAGG